AUGGACGCCCAGAAACAGUUACAGGCACUUUCCGACGAGUUCCAGCAGCUGCAGACCGAGCUCGAGGGUCUGGUCGAUGCCCGCCAAAAGCUCGAGUCCCAGCAACAGGAGAACCAGGGCGUGCAGAGUGAAUUCGCCCAACUCGAUGAUGAAUCAAAUAUCUACAAGCUCGUUGGACCGGUGCUGCUGAAGCAAGACAAGGCUGAGGCCACCAUGGCUGUGAACGGUCGGUUGGAGUUCAUUGAGAAGGAAAUCAAGCGCAUUGAAGGGGAGAUUACAGAGAAGGAGGAGAAUGGCGAGAAAAAGCGUGCUGAGGUUCUUCAGAUCCAAGCUCAGGCUCAGGCCCAGCAGCAGCAGCAGGCCGCAGCUGCUUCAGCCUAA